UUACAUCUGACGUAUGACAUUUUACCUUCUGUUUGUGUAUAAAAAUUGGAACGGAGCGAAAGUUUAGACAUAAAAGAAUAUAUCCUCAAAACACUACUAUUCAUUUGUAUUCUUCUAAAUCAAUAUGCCUUCCAUGAAGGUUGAAGGAGACAGCGAUGGCGAUGGAGAUUUGUCUGGCGGGGAUACUGAACGAUCUGGUGGGUCUUCUAGAGGGCCAGAUCGUGAUUCCAGUGCAGAAGAAGCUGAUGAACCGGACUCCGAUGAUUCCUCCGAGAUGGACGAGAGUGAGUGUGAGCGGCGGCGCAGCGAAUGCCUUGACAAUUUGUCAAACUUGGAGCAUCAGUUCUCAUUACUGAGAGAACAGCUGUACAAUGAAAGGGUGAAGCAUGUGGAGUACCAGCUCGCAGAAGUCCGUGGUGGCAGAUCACAGGAGUACUUAGGUCCUUUGAGACGACUGCAAGAGAAUAUGCGUGUUAGGAUCGAGGUGGCGGGUAUUUUGAAGCAGAUGCGUAUUGAAAACAUCAAGCAUAUCUACGAUGCUGAGGAGCAGGCAGCACAUCAACAUUUCAAGAGCGAGAAAUGGCUGGCAUACGAGAAUUUAAAAGAAGAAUUAUUAGAGAAGAUAAGAAAGAUAGAAGAAGAACGUCAUACAGUAGAUCUAUGGUCUUGCGGAGCUGAAUGGGGCAGGAAACGACGGAAGAGACAGGUCGCAGUCUCUCCACCUUACGUGGUCUACAUGCUACCGGAUGCUGACAUCAUGGAAGACUGGCGACUGGUCAGGAAAUUGCUGGAAAGAGCUGAUUAGAUUAACUAGGAUAAGUCAGUCGAGUCACCAUUAAAGUUAACAUAGCUUCGGAAUGAUUGAUAACAAAAAAGAUGUUAACACGACAGUGAAAUCCUAUAGUUAAGGUAAGUUUCCACUGUCGUAUUUUUUAUACGAGUGUUACAACGUAAUAUUCAGAUUUUUUA